AUGGAUCAAUGGCUCCGACCCGUCUUCGCAAGGACUCGAACACCAGUUCAAUCCGCCCCAAGCAAUCAUUCUGACGAACCUCACGAAACCGAAGACACCAUGAAAUCCAUCCGUCCUAGUUCACGCGUUUCCUCCUAUAUUGGGUUUCGCUCAUCAACUUCGAAUCUUCAUGCACCUGCAGGUGAUACGUUUACCUUUCAACAUGUCAAUAUUCCCGAAAAUGUAUAUCAUAAACCAUCUGGAAGUCAGAUGGCUGAAACACUUAAAGUGAUAAUGAUGACGAGGAACUUAAUGGAGCCGAUACCGGUGGAGUACAACACGUGUAUUCUACAUGUUUUGGAGUCGUAUAAUGAUCUACAGGAGAUGUUGGCUGUUAAGGAGGGGGAGAUUGAGGAUAUUAAGGGAAGGCAUACAAAGGACAUUAGGGAGUUUGAUGGUAUGGCUGAACAGUGGAAGGCGAAAGAAAAAGAUUAUCAAAAAGAAAUAAAGAAUCUUGAAGUUCUUCUCUCCAAGACCGAGGGAGGAAUGGAAAAUGUUACGAUGGCGCGCUCAAAAAGUGUUGUUCAUGGGACUAGAAGAGCGGCGGAUCUGUUCGAAGACGGUAUGGAGAAAAUAAAGCAAAAUUUCGCGCGAUAUAGUUCUGGGAGAGAUUCUUCUACUACCACAACUGACUGGGAUAUUGAUCACGUACAACAAAUUACUUCAUCGCGUCCACUAGAAACUCCUACAAAUGCGAGUGAGCUCUCUCAUGAGGAAGGAGAUAUACACCGCGAAGGAACGGUCAAAUCUCGACGCAAAGAAAGUUCUUCAGUCCAAGAUACCGAAAGUUUUUACUCAGCUGUGGACAACCAAUCCACCCGCUUGACAUCUGUACAACUAAAUGAACUAGAAAGACAACAUGCUACCGAAGAACUCGGUGUAAUAUUCGACUCAUCAUCGGAAUCAGAUGAUACCAGUUCCCGCUCGGUUCUUACUGAAGGUCAAGCUCCCACUCCCAAUCGCACGCCCAAAAUCCCCGGUCUUCGCAAUAGUAGUAAAGAGAAACCUCUACCCGAUAUUCCGACCAAGCAUCAAGAAAUAGAUCCUUUCUUUUCAGGUGAAACAGGCAAUGCAAGGCCAUGGGUAGAACCACAAGACGACGGAGAAGUAUCUUCCGUUGAAUCCAGAAAGGGAUUUUCGUUCAGAACAGGCGAUGAUACACCGUCUGUGCUGCACAAACCCUCGAAAGAUAUUCUGCGGAAAAGCAACACGGUCUCGGCGCCGGGGAGUCGUCUGAGUUAUGUUAUGAAUAAUGAAGAUGAGUUUGUGACAUUACCUAGGCAUCCCAUCGCGGAUGCAAAUUCGCAAGUUAAAGCAAACCCGAAAGCAAGAAAUACAGGAACGAAGCCGAUUUUGAGUACAUCCCCGGGAAAAGAAACGUAUGCUACGGGUUUGAGACAGCAGUUGGGAAUAGGUAGGGCAGUGGGAAAAAGUAUUGAGAGAGGUGACUCGAGUAGUAGUAUUGUGACAGCUGUGAGGGAUAAUUCGGGCAGAAGUGAGAAGGGGAGACCGGUGAGGGGAGAUGGAGGUGGAAAGGGGAAUGCAAGUGGUGGGAAACAGAAGCAGAGUCAGGGCACUGCGGUUAUGGCUGCCGUGAGAGCGAUAGCAGCGAGUAACAAAUCGGCCACUGCUAACGAUAGGAUCCAAGCUCAUGCGAAUGAAUCUGAUAGGAAGGAGAUUGACAGGAGAGAAGGGGUGCCUUUUAGCCCUGAAAGAAGUCCCACGGGAUCGCAAGUCGGCGGUGGUAGAGAGUGA